AAUCGGGCUGCGGAAGUUCGAGGGCGCGGUGUGUGUAGCUGCGGCGUCGGCGUCCGAGUCUCCGCAGCGGAGAUCGCGGACGCUGGACCGAGCCCCUCCAUCGCCCAGCAUGGACCUUGAAACCAAAAUGAAGAAGAUGGGCUUAGGUCAUGAGCAAGGAUUUGGAGCCCCCUGUCUGAAAUGCAAAGAGAACUGUGAAGGGUUUGAACUGCACUUCUGGAGGAAAAUAUGCCGUAACUGCAAAUGUGGACAAGAAGAACAUGAUGUCCUCCUGAGCACCGAGGAGGACCGGAAAGUGGGGAGACUCUUUGAAGACACCAAGUACACCACCUUGAUUGCCAAGCUGAAGUCAGAUGGAAUUCCCAUGUACAAACGCAAUGUUAUGAUAUUGACCAAUCCGGUUGCUGCCAAGAAGAAUGUCUCCAUCAACACUGUUACCUAUGAGUGGGCUCCCCCGGUCCAGAACCAGGCACUGGCCAGGCAGUACAUGCAGAUGCUGCCCAAAGAGAAGCAGCCAGUGGCAGGCUCGGAGGGGGCACAGUACCGGAAGAAGCAGCUGGCAAAGCAGCUCCCUGCCCAUGACCAGGACCCAUCUAAGUGCCAUGAGCUGUCACCCAAGGAAGUGAAGGAGAUGGAGCAGUUUGUAAAGAAGUACAAGAGCGAGGCUCUGGGGGUGGGUGACGUGAAGCUCCCCUCUGAGAUCAACGCCCAGGGUGACAAGCUGCACAGUCCUGCUGGGGAUGGAAACACUCCAGACGCCGUGCUGCCCAAGGACAAGUCUGCCGAGCCCAAGAAGACCCAGUAUUCAUGCUACUACUGCAAACAGACCAUGAAGGAAGGAGACCCAGCCAUCUACGCGGAAAGGGCCGGCUAUGAUAAACUCUGGCACCCGGCCUGUUUCAUCUGCAGCACCUGCGGCGAACUCCUAGUCGACAUGAUUUACUUCUGGAAGAAUGGGAAGCUAUACUGUGGCCGCCAUUACUGUGACAGCGAGAAGCCCCGCUGUGCUGGCUGUGAUGAGCUGAUAUUCAGCAAUGAAUAUACCCAAGCGGAAAAUCAGAACUGGCACCUGAAGCACUUCUGCUGCUUUGACUGUGACAACAUCCUGGCGGGAGAGAUAUACGUGAUGGUCAACGACAAGCCUGUGUGCAAGCCCUGCUACGUGAAAAACCAUGCCGUGGUGUGUCAAGGCUGCCACAACGCCAUCGACCCAGAAGUUCAGAGAGUGACCUACAAUAGCUUCAGCUGGCACGCGUCUACAGAGUGCUUCCUCUGCUCCUGCUGCAGCAAGUGUCUUAUCGGGCAGAAGUUCAUGCCCGUAGAAGGGAUGGUUUUCUGCUCCGUGGAGUGCAAGAAGCUGAUGUCCUAGGAGGAGAACACCGAGCACUGUUGGGCCGUAGCUACCCACAAUGGCCUGCAUUUCAUGAUACAAUUGCAAUUGGAAAAACUAAUAAAAGGGAAAAAAAAAAAACUAUAUAGCAAACCAGAAGAUUUUGUCCACUAUUUUUUUUAACCUUAGGAAUUUUGUCUGUCUUAAUUUUCAAUUACUGCUUUAAGCACGUGAUUUUAAAAAUAUAUAUAUAGAGAACAAUGAAGAACUGUCGCUUUUAUUUCCACACAUGAAAUCUUUGAGUUGGAAGCUUGAAUUUAAUUGAUCUUUAUAACGGCGUACCCUUAGUGCCAAAUAAUAUGUAUCACUUAAAAGCUAGUGUCCCGGGAGAGAUGCACGUGUUGACUCCUAUGCUUUGAUUCACGUGGAAAAUGGAAAGAAAUUAGAUGUGCCUGAUGUGACACUCGCACUUAGCCUGUCUCGUUGAACGUUGUGACGCGCAGUGAGUUCCUUCUGCAGACACUCGGGGUGCUGCGUAGUGGGUGUCCCAACGCCUAAGCCUUCCGAAGCGUCCCCUUCUGGAGGCGGAGGGGACUCUUCUCAUCGCCUUUCUUUGUCUUUAUCUCUCAGUGUUCUCUUCUGCCGUCCAGUGACCUCCAUUUAUGGCCUUGGGUAUUUUAUAUAUAUGUGGCCGAACAAUAUGUGCACUUUGCUUAUAGACUUUUUUGUUUUGUUUUUUUGUCUAGAUGAUAAAAGCAGGCUAUUCACUUAGGUUUUUUUUUUUUUAAUCCAAAGAGUAUGUAUAGAUUUCAUACUUAGGGAAUUGUAAUUUGUGCUGAUGUCAUUUGCCUGCCGUGGCGAUAGUUUUGGCAUGCUUUUCAGUCUUACGCCAUGGAAACCCUCUUGCGCUACCUCUGGGCUUGCUGUAGACACGGUCUGUCUUCCCGCCUGCACACUCCCCAUUCUUGGGGUGUUUUUAAUGUUUUCCCCUCGUAUGCUUUCACACAUAACUAUGCACUAUAAAUCUUGAAUGGAAUGAC